AUGAGUUCUCCUAUAAUGUUCAGACAACCUAUAUUUGAAUGUAUAGAAUAAAAUGGUUUAUACAAAAUAUGCACUGAAGAUCAAGUAUGUUAAUUACAAGCAAACAAUUUACGAAACGAAUAUAGGGUAAUUUCUGACGAUUCAAUAUCUUCUGAAUUCGAAUUAUAUUGUGAUAAAAAACCAAUAAUAGGAUUUGCCCAAGCGGCAUUAUUUGCUGGCUAGGCUUUAUCAGGGAGUACUUGUGCUUUAAUAAUUGGUCUAUGUCCUGAUUUAUAUGCUUUGAUGGCUAUGUUUUUUGGAGCCGGAUUAGGUAUUACGGGAUAUGAGACUGUUAUUUUAGUAUAUUGUACUGAAAUAUCAGAAAGAAGAUUUAGAAAUAUAUGUAUAAAUGUACUUGUUAUUAUGUGGGCUCUAGCCUAGGUCUUUUAUCCGAUUAUUAAUUCAUUUAUUGUAUAAUGGAGGUAUAUUUUUGUUUUUGCAAUUGGAUUGCCUUUAUUUUGUAGUGUAGGACUUUCUUAUUUAUAUUUUUGCGAAAGUCCAAGAUAUUUAGUUUCUAAAAAAAAAUAUUAUGAAGCCAGACAAGUAUUCAGGCAUAUUAGUGAAGUUAAUAAUAGGCCUGCUUUCCAGUUUCAUUUUUUUGAAGAAAUCGAUGAUUAUAAUGAAGUUGCUACUAGAGUAUAUAAAAAGGGUGAAAGUAUUACCAAAAAAGAACUUAUAAGAGUAAAAACUAAAGAAAGACUUGAUAUUAAUUUGGGUAGGCAAACUAAUAUAUUUGAUCUCUUUAAAACUAAAUAAUUGGCGAUAAAAACACUUAUUAUGUGCUAUUGUUGGUUUGUGAGGUAUUUUGUAUAUUAUUGUAUCCUUUUUUCCUUGGAAAGAUUAGGAACUUAACUUAAUUAAAAUUUUCUUCUUCUUGCUAUUAUUGAAGUUAUAGCUUCUUUAUUAACCAUUCCUAUGAAAAUGAAAAUGAAACGUAAAAAUGCUUUAAGAUCAGCUUUUUAUAUGAUGUCUAUAGUUUCUUUAUUGUUAUUUAUUGUAAGAAUUCCUUAAAAUUGUUAAUUAUAUUUUGAAUAAUGUUUAGAAGAAAAGUUAACAUUAAUUCUAGCUAUAUUAUUGAAAUUUUCUAUUGUAUUUUUCGCAGUAAAUUUAAUGACAUAUACACCUGAAUUAUUUCCAACUGUAUUGAGAAGUCAAGCUUACGGGCUUUGUAUGAUUUUCGGAUAGCUGGGUAGUAUUUUAGCUCCUAUAUAUAUUAGUUAAUACAUAUUUAUAUUUGAAUAAAUGAAUCCUUUAACAAGUAUUGCUUUCUUAGGAAUUUUAGGUGUGUUUUUGACAAUCAAAUUAUAUGAAAAUGAAAAUAUGGAAGAUUAUUUAGAAAAUAAAAAUGAUACUGAAAAACCUUUAUUGAAUGAAUUUAAAGAAAUAUAAAUGAUUAUAUUUACUUAACAAUAAUAAUAAGAAUGA